AUGCACCUUCAUUUAGCAAUUUUGGGGGCCAUGGUCGCUUCCGCGCUCGGCUCUACCACUACCGGGAACAGUGUUCUAGAAGUGGACCUCGUCUUUCCACAGAACAGGACGUACACGCCUACAGAAUGGUUUCCGGUAGUCUUCGCCCUUCAGAACCCAUCGCUCGCCCAAUACCUUGACAUGGAAAUCACCUACUACCUCCGCUCCAUCGACGAUCAGAACCCCAGCCGCACCAGCUUUCACAAAUUCCGACAUGAGAAUCUGUCCUCCAUCGAUCCGCACUUUGCAUCCUCACACUUCGACAUGUUUGGCUCACCAGGCAGUUGGCGGCUGGACUGGUCGAUCACAUGGCGCUCGUGCGACAAAGAGGGUUUCGAGAGUGGGAGCACAAUCUCCCAAAUGCUUUCCAACAGUACGAGCUUUUCUGUUUCUUUUGCUGUCCAGGAUAUGCCAGACAGCGUAGAUGUGGAUCUCGUAUCCUCCAGCUCUGAAGAUCCCUGCCCCGACACGAAUUCGGACUCUGCCCUCGCCAUCAAUGUACCCGAAACUAUGCCCUUGCCCCACUGGGUUGACUGGAAUGCCCGGCAAGCGAUGAACUACACCUGUGCCGUUACGACUCCCACCACCACGGUCCCGGAUCCGUGCAGGGUGGACAUUGAUCGCACCGUGGCGGAGAGUAUGCAGGCUUCGCACCAGGCCUGGCUCUGCAGACAUGCGGUAAACCCGCCAGAUGAUUGUCCCGAGGAGAAUGGGGACGAUGAGAACUCUGCUCCGCCGAUGCGAAGGGCAAUUGUGGGUGGCAUUUCCGGGCUUCGCUUUGUGUGGAGCACUGGGACACUGGGGCUUUUCUUUUUCUUGAAUUGA